AUGAGUCCAUCCGAAAUCUUCCAGCUGAUCGUCAGCUUCCUCUACUACCCGUGCUUCAUUCUAUACCAAUGGCCAGGCCAGAGGAGGAGGAAGGCGGCAGAAGAUGAAGAAAAGCAGAUCCAACUCGCAGCUCGCGCAGCUCGCCUCCUACCACCACGCAUUGGUAUGCCAGUUGGCCAGUCACAGUCAUCACUUCUCCAAAAGCUACCCCUCGAGCUCCGCCGAAAGAUCUCCGAAUAUGCUCUGGGUGGCUCGGCAAUUCAUGUCUGGGGUUUUGUGACUAAGGAGGUUGGAAGCCGCGAGUGCUGGUCAGAUGUAGAUGAGCCAUUUUGCACUUACACCGAGGCCGCUGAAUCCCUCUACUCUAGCAACACCUUUUGCGUAAGCAUCAAGCAAGGCUACCGCAAUCCCUUCCCUAAUAUAGUCACAUUUGUCAUAGCUGAGCGUCGUCAAGCAAUCCGGUCUAUCCGCAUAGAAUAUACUCUGAAUCCGGAUAUUGAGGACCUCUCUACUACCAUAGUGGUCAUCAUAGACAAGGAUUUGCGAGCCAUAAAGUGGACGUGGGAGAACGUUGCUGCGUUGCGUGGACUGCGGCAUCUUGUGGUUGAUUUAGUGCUUGAUAAGGACUCUUCCUUGAUGUCAAGAGAGACCGUUGUGCAGCUAUACGCUGACUGGGAGGCUGAGAUUCUUGAGCCCGUCAAGGCCCUACCUACUCCGCUAAAGUCUUUCCGAAUGAGGGUACCCUGGGAGUCCGAAGAAGUGGUGAGAGUUGGGGAGAAAGCGUACCAUUUAGAAUAG